AUGGCAAGUGCAACGACGCAUCUCGAGGAGCAACUUGCCCUGACGCACCAUAUCAACAACUACGGUUGGUUCGCCGACAUCUUCGCGUGGGAAGAUAUCGCGACUUGCUUCACAGAAGACUGCACUUUUGAUUUCAAAGUCGCUCCAGAUCUUGAAGGCCAAGCUCCCAUGAAUCUCAAUUCCGGCUCGAUCAAGGGACGCUCCAACACCGCCAAAGCCCUUGCGUUCAUCACUGAAAAGUUCAAACGCACACAGCAUAACAUUGUGAACAUGGAUUUUCAAAUCGAUGCUUCGAAUGCCGCCGCAACCGGCAGGGCGAACAUCUUCUGGGGCGGAGUCAUGGAGCACAAUGGAGUCCAUGUUGGGGUGCAAACUGGCUCCAGGUACACAUGGAGAUUUAAGAAGAGUGCUGACAAGAAGUGGGAAACGGACUAUACACAGGUGGAGAUUGUUCGGAUACUUUGCAAUGGUACCGCAAUCCGAGGUAGCUUGUAUGAGUUGCAGCAGUAUACAAAGUCUUUGGAGUUGUGGAGAACUGUCAGGGUAGAAUUUAAGAGCCGACCCUUGAAUAUCGGAAUAUGGUGGGCGAGGAGUGUUCCCAGCGAAAGCACAAAGGCUAAAAGCUGCAAGCUCUACAUCAACUCAUAG